AUGAAUCAAUUAACAACGUCAAUACUUAAAAGAACUAUAAAAGUUCAACCCAAAGUGCCAUAUUAUUAUAAAGUAUAUAACAGUAAACUUGUUAAUAUGAGAACUAGGAAAAACUAUAAAAAUGAAAAGAUUCGACUUCAAGAUUCAGUCACCAAAUGGAUUAGCAAAGAUGUUCAUGAAAAUACUCGUGAAGAUGAUGCUAUGAAGUAUCUAAAGCAACAUGUUUAUUCAACUGGUGAUGAAGAAGGUUUAUCUGAUGACAAGGAAGACUUUCUACCAUCUGAUGAUUUAGAUGAUAACAAACAAGAUUUAGAAGAUUUUGAAUUACUCUUAAAUGAUGAUAAAUUAUUUACAGCUCCUGGUUUCAUUAAUAUUAAUAAUUCAGAUCAGAAUAAUAAUAUAAACAUAAAUGAUUUAUGGAUACUUCUCUGGAUCUUCAAAUAUCAAGAAAGAUUCAGACUCUCUGAUGUUGCAAUCAAUUCAUUAAUCAGCUUCUUUAGCCUUGUUUUGAAAAAUAUUAAUUCAAACCAGUUUAAAGGAUUCUUAUCUAGGAAAAUAUUAGACAUUAAAAAAACUCGAAGUCCUUCACUACUUACACUGAUUGCUACAAACUUUAUAACCUAA